AUGGCAGCCUCAAGCUUCCAUAAAUUCCCAGAACUGCCCUCCGAAAUUCAGCUGCAGAUAUGGGAAUCCUCAUUUCGCUCACCAGAGGCCAUUCCCGGUGGCCUGCACUACAUCGGCCUUGACCAUGAUGGAUUUCCGGUUCCACUGGAUAAAUCCGCCAAAGACGAAUUUCGGAGACCGAGGUCAGGUUGCGAAUUGGAACAAGGUAUCUGGACGGCAUGUUGGGACUCCCGAGCAGCUGCAAUGAAGCAUCAAGAGCAGCAAGAUGUCGAAUUCAGCUGCUCUAGCUUUGGCCUUACCACUUUGGACUUCACCUUGGACAAGCGCGAAUGGUACCAUGGGAGAGGGCCCGUAUCAAUAAUUCCUCCUAUUGAUCAAGGACAGAGGAAUAAUGAAUCACAGCAACAGAAAAUCUUCAUCUGCCCCUCGCGAGAUGUUUUCUGCGUCGCAUUUAACAGGGCAGGGCGCGCCGUGGGAACUGUUACCCACUGCGAGUAUUCAGAGGACUCGCCUUCGAAUUCGAGGCUUCUUGGAACAUCAAGCUAUCACAGAAUGACAACUACUACCCCAUAA